UUCCGGCCGCCGUGUUCCACUUCCGGGUCGCGCCCACCGCCGCCCGGCCGCCGCCUGCGCUGAGCCGCGACCGCAGCGUCGCCCCCGCCAUGAGGCUCUACAGCCUAAGUGUCCUUUACAAGGGGGACCCCAAAGUGCACUUGCUGAAAGCUGCCUACGACGUGUCCACCUUCAGCUUCUUCCAGAGGGCCAGCGUGCAGGAGUUCAUGACCUUCACGAGCCAGCUGAUCGUGGAGCGCUCGGCGCUGGGCAGCAGGGCCUCGGUCAAGGAGCAAGAGUACCUGUGCCACGUGUACGUGCGGAGCGACGGGCUGGCCGGGGUGGUGAUUGCAGACAAUGAGUACCCCCAGAGGGUUUGUUUCACCUUGCUGGACAAGGUGCUGGACGAGUUCUCCAGGCAGGUCAGCAGGAUGGACUGGCCCUCAGGGUCCCCUGCCACCAUCAGCUACUCUGCCUUGGAUGGAUACCUCAGCAAAUACCAGAACCCCCGGGAUGCUGACCCCAUGACCCGAGUGCAGGCGGAGCUGGACGAGACCAAAAUCAUCCUGCACAACACUAUGGAAUCACUGCUGGAGCGUGGGGAGAAGCUGGACGACCUGGUCUCCAAGUCGGAGGUGCUGGGGGCACAAUCCAAAGCCUUCUACAAAACGGCCCGAAAGCAGAAUUCCUGCUGUGAGAUCAUGUGACGUGGAGCCCGGGGUCUCCACCUCCGGACCACCAGCCCUCCACCCCCCUCCACAGCCCCCCCAGGGCUGUUCCUGGGGCUGGGCCGGGGGUCCCCAGCCCCCUGGGCUGAUGUGACUGUUGUCCACCUUGAGGGGACACCAAGGCUGGCACCGGGCCGGCGCCCACGGGGGGUGGUCCACACCGAAGCCCCCCCACCCUCGCUGUUGCUGGGACAGCUGGGACCAGGGGCUGCCUGGCCACGCACUCCCCUGCCUUCACAGCCCCCGGGAAGCCUGGAGGAGCCCCCCACUGCUGUCCAGGGGCUGAGGGGGCAGGCUGAGCCCCCACUGCCAUCCCAGGCAGCUUUUAUGUAUUUGUGUCCUAAGGGUGAGCUGGGGGGUGGGAGAAGGGGGGAAGGGGAAAAGGUUUUUUUGGGUGGGGGGGGUGCUCUCUGCCCCCCUGGGCAGCUCCUCCCCAGGCUGCUGAGCCCGGAGCUGUGUCCUGGUGCUGGGGGAGGGGGGAGCCCACCAGGCUGCACCUCGGAGCCCCUCCCCUGCUCCCACCAGCCUGGGUGGGGGGCUCAGCACCUGCCAGCCCUCGCUGCCUCCUCUUCCUCCUCGUCGAGAAGGGCAAGGUUGGGCUUGGGCUGUAGCUGGGCUUGUUUCUGUGCCCUGGCUGCACGGCCAGGGGAUAAAGUGGUCUUUGG